CUGGACAUUCAAUCUUCGACGACAUCUUCUCGUACUGAUUGCUGUCCUAAUGGAGGCUUGUGGUCGGAAUGGGAAACAACUGAACAGUGCACGGAUACUUGUGGUUCAUGUGCUCAACUUUACUAUACAAGAGUGUGCUUGUCCGAUCAAACUACAUGUCCCUGCACCGGGGUAUCUGGCAAAUGGAAAAACUGUAAUAUAGGAGCCUGCUAUUAUCCAAGAUUGUCAUGUUGCAAUGGCUAUACUCUAAUGGUUAUCGAUGGUAAACAUGCUUGUGGGCCACAGCCUGUAGAAGACGAGGGUAACGAUAUGGAAGACUGUUGUCCAAUCAAUGGAUAUUGGGCGGAGUGGGAGGAAUGGAGUGCUUGCGUUGGUGGUGAUUGUGGUCAGUGUGGUACUGCAACGCGCACAAGAACAUGCUUGUCUGAAUCAUAUGAUUGUUCCUGCCAAGGAUCUGCCACUGAAGAAAGGACUUGUCUGACCUUAGCCAGUUGGACAGAGUGGGCUAUUGCUGAUGCUUGCCCGUCUAACUCUUGUGGAUCCUGUAAUAUGAAAAGGUUAACCAGGACUUGUAACAAAGAAAAUGGUUGCGCUUGCAUAGGAUCAGAUGAAAGAUAUGAAAUUUGUAAUCCUGCUCCGUGCAGUGGUAACAUGACACACAAUGCAACUUUCGCUUGCUGUACCGGAUUCAGUAAAAUGGAUAUCAAUGGUGAUGGCUUACAAGGCUGUGGACCUUUAGUCGCACCUCAAUCCCCUCCAGAGCUGGCAACAUGUGGUGAGGAUGUUCCCGAAUGUUGCGUUAUUGGAGGAGUUUGGACCGAAUGGUCAUCCGGAGAAAGCUGCUCUGAUACAUGCGGAUACUGCGGAAACACGACAAGAACACGUUAUUGCGUUUCUGAAGAGUGGGAUUGCCCGUGCAGCGGUCCGUCAACUAAACAAUCUGAAUGUGCUCCGUCCCCCUGCCUGUUCCCCCGCACGACAUGCUGUGGUAUACGCAAGAAAGUUAUAGUGGAUGGACACUUCGAAUGUUCCAAAGCUCAAGACUCUGAUCCACCGGCUUCUGAUUUGUGCUGGACUGAUUGUUGCCCAGCAUCAGGAGGGUACUGGUCUGAAUGGUCCAGUGGCGGUGCUUGUCCGGAUACAUGUGGAUCUUGCGCAAAGGUUACUCAAAUGCGAACAUGUUUGACAGAACAAUACGGAUGUAAUUGCUUAGGUCCAGCUAGUCGUGAUGUGAACUGUAAUAUUGGAGUUUGCUUCUAUCCACGAGAUUCAUGUUGCGCUCCUUACUCCAGUGCAGUUAUAGAUGGCAAACAUGCUUGUGGACCACAGCCAAAUUACACAACUGUGUAUUCCAAAUAUGAUCCUUAUUGUAAUGAAACAUGCUGUCCAUUGAAUGGUCUAUGGGCUGAAUGGACAAUAACACCUAACCAGUGCUCUGACUAUUGUGGAGCUUGUGGAAACAUGACUAAAACUCGUGUUUGUUUAUCCGAAGCAGAAGGUUGCCCUUGCAACGGAGAUGCUGAAGAAACUUCGCAAUGUAACACCGGUGUCUGCUACUACCCGAGAUUGUCAUGCUGUCCAGGAUUUACUGCAUCUGUCAUUGAGGGAAAACAUUCAUGCGCUCCAAUCACGGAUAUACCGGAAGAGUUGCCUUACAUUAACACCUGUGGCGUUAACUGUUGCCCAACAGAUGGAAUCUGGGGAGAAUGGGUUGUUGAUACGCCCUGCAACGACACCUGCGGUUCUUGUGGCAGGGAAAUUCGAACAAGGAAGUGUUUGUCAUUACAAUAUGGUUGUGAAUGCACCGGAGACGAUACAAAGAGUGUGAUUUGUGGAAUCGAUGUUUGUCUGUUCCCGCGAACAUCAUGCUGCCCCGGAUUUUCAAAGAAAAUUAAUGCUACAACCAGAACAUUCUUCUGUGGUCCUUUACCUACUGAACCAGCAUUCACCCCUGAGCAGACAACUUGUUGUGAUCCAGAAGGAAAAGGAUUAUGGAACGAAUGGAAGAAAUGGUCAACCUGUACUGCUACUUGUGGUUUAUGUGGUACACGAUCACGAAACCGAACAUGUGCUUCAGCGGAUUAUGGUUGUCCUUGCGAUGGUCUCGCAUUAGAAACGGAACCUUGUGGAGACCCAACCUGUCCAACCGGAAACAAAUGCUGUCCAGGUUUCUAUCUUGAUGUAGGAUAUGACGGCGCUCAGUUCUGCCAAAAGAAUCCACCAUCUACAUGCCCUGGAACAUGGACUGCUUGGAAGACUGAUACUGGCGUAGUAUGCAAUGAUACAUGCGGUAACUGUGGAAUUAUCAAGAGUUAUCGUUAUUGCUGGCCAUCAGGAUGUAAAUGCACAGGUGAUUUCACUAAGCUCGAUCCAUGUGCCAAUGCGGUUUGUCUGUUCCCACGUGAAGCAUGUUGCGCACCAUAUAAGAAAAAGAUUGUUAACAAACAAAUAGUUUGUGCUUAG